AUGAUUCAGUAUUUUGAUCUAAUCAUUUCUACUCUAGAAUUCAAACUGCCAGGGCUAAUAUGUUUUCUUUUUCGAUAUAAAAAGAUGUCGAAAUUAUUUGGGAACUUACUUUUUUUCAUUAUAAAUGCAUCGUUGAUCUAUGCCAAAUUUGUAAAGAGAGACACUUUGGAGAGAAAUUCAGUAUUAGGCUGUGCUUUCCAGUUAUCUAAGAUCCAAAAUUGGGAUCAUAAAGAUUCCUCGACGGACCAGUUUUAUUGUUCUGUUUGCAAUUAUAUUCCUGCUUUACAGUCAUGGGUAUUUUGUAUAUCUGAUACUGUUAACAGACUCAGCGAAAACAAAGAUAAUGCAGCAUUUAAUAAAAGUAUUGUGGACUUGAAAAGGACAUGUUCUUCAAUCAAUCCUAUAAUUAAUAAUAUGACAAUAUCAGAGUACUACGAUAUGCUAAACAAUGCAUCACAAUAUAUACGGCGAAAUUAUCCUUCUAAUAAUGCGGAUGGUCUUAUUAAUUAUCCAAUUUAUAUGAAUAGCACAAUGGUAGAUCCUAUCAUCAAUGCAUAUCACAGCUUCUUUAAUAAUAUGGACCUAAGUAAUUUUUCCGUUUAUUAUUACUAUAUCUUCUUUUCUUUUAUUUUUUUCACUGCAUCAAUGAUUAAUUACCUAAAUCACAGUAACAACUUGAGAUAUUUUUCCAAGUGGAAAUCAUGGUGUAAGAUUAAGGGACUCCUUUUGAGAUGUCUUUACAGCGGAUAUCACACUGAAUAUAUUAAAUUUUUGGGAGAUGGUUUUAUCGGUUUAUUGCCGACCAGAUUAGAAACAACCAUAAUUAUAAAUUAUGCUAUUUUAAAUGGAAUUAUGCUUGCGGUUGGUUAUAAAAUAGAUCCAACAAACUCGUUAUUUAAAUCAUAUCCUCAACAGAUUUUGCGACUCGUCGCUGAUAGAGCUGGUAUCUUGGCCUUUGGAAAUCUUCCAAUUAUAUUUUUAUUUGGUACCCGGAAUAAUUUAUUGAUGGGACUCACUGGUUUCAAUUUUACAACAUUCAUUUCCUUGCAUAAAUGGGUAGGUCGUGUCAUGAUAAUUAACUCUUUGAUUCAUUCCGCGUGUUAUCUCUGUUAUUCAAUAUUUUCUGGGUCAUUUGUAUUUAGUGAUCUUGAACUGUAUUACAAAUGUGGCAUAGUGGCAAUGAUUUUAUUACUGUUACUGUUUUUCCUAUCUUUAGGUUAUAUUCGGAAACAUUAUUAUGAAGUGUUUUUGUACACACAUAUAGUUUUAGGUGUUGGAUUUAUGGCGGCAUGUUGGAAACAUGUUGAAAACCUUGGGUGGAAAAAUUGGUUGAUUAUUUCAACUGUAAUGUGGGUAGCAGAAAGAUUGGCAAGAAUGUUUAACAUUAUAUCUAAUGGUGUAUUUUUAAGCUCAAAGCUUUCCUUGAUUGGAACUAAUGAUAAAACAGAUGACAAUUUAAUCAGGGUUUCGAUCCACAAAAAGCAUAUGAGGCCUCUUAAACCUGGUCAAUACUUUUUCGUGUAUUUCAUGCAUCCACUGAUAUUUUGGCAAUCCCAUCCGUUUACAGUCAUUGAUGUAAUACAAGAGAACAAAAUCAUUAUAGUCUUGAAGCCUAAGAGUGGUGCUUCGAAAGUCCUUUAUGAUUCUUUAAGAAAGAAUCACAAUACCAUCGAUAUCAAAGUUGCUUUAGAGGGCCCAUAUGGACAUAGUGCUCCCAUAUACCACGCAGAUAAUAUUCUAUUGAUAGCAGCAGGAACUGGUAUACCUGGUCCAUUGUUCCAUGCCAUGGAUCUAACGAGUAAAUUGCAAGGCCAUGCAAAUAAGAGGAUUAAGUUGGUCAUUAUUAUAAGAGACAAAAUUAUUUUGAAUGCAUUUAAAGACGAAAUUCUAACACUACGCAACAAAGAUGUUGCUGUAGAGGUAUUUUUAACAAGAGAGAGAUCGACAAAGUCAGUUUCGAGUCAUCACACUGAACAUACCUCACUUUUACAAAGAAAUCUUGACAUUGAAGAUAUAAAGACAUUCACUAAAGUUUCCUUUGGUAGACCUGAUAUGAAAAAUAUCAUUUUAUCUUGUGUAGAACCAAAUAAAAACCUAGCAAUUCUUUCAUGUGGGGCCCCCCAAUUUGAGGAUUCGUUACGCAAUAUUACAUCCAAUAUAAUUAUGGGCCACUCAGAGUCUCAUAUUGACUACUAUGAAGAAUUUCAGCGUUGGUAA